UUCUAUUCUAAAACAUCAACCUCCUUCUUCAACCUAAACUUUCUUUAAGAAAAUAAUUUAAUUAUGGCUAUUAGAAAAUCAAACAAAAUGCCACAAGCAGCAAUCUUGAAGCAAAUUCUAAAAAGAUGUUCGAGUUUGGGUAAGAAAAACAGCUAUAACGAUGAAGAUCAUCUUCCGAUCGACGUGCCAAAAGGACAUUUUGCGGUUUACGUUGGAGAAAAUAGAAGUCGAUACAUCGUACCUAUUUCUUUUUUGACUCAUCCCGAGUUUCAAUGUCUCCUUCGACAAUCCGAGGAAGAAUUUGGGUUCGAUCAUGACAUGGGAAUUACAAUUCCAUGCGAAGAAGUUGUGUUCCGGUCACUAACUUCAAUGCUUCGAUAAAAGUUUGGUGCACUAAAUUUUCGUUAUGUGCGAGUGAAUAUUAGGAGUGGAGUGAACAAGGAUGGGCUAGCUCAAGAUGAAGCAAAUAUUGAUGUUUUUUUUUGCUUGUCUUUUUUCUAACAUC